AUGGCAAGGGGACAGCCUCGCAGGAGCGAAGAGCGAUGGACGGCCUUGCAGAACAGAACAGAGUGCAAAACAAAGAUAAAACUCACAAAAUGUGGAAAGAUUGCCCUAGGCAUGUUAACGGUGGUGCUCGCUGCAGUAGUAAUUGGACUCAUUGUCUAUUUUGCCGCCUGUGGAAAAGAACAUUUCUACUACCACGCUAGCUUUAAGGUUAACAAUAUUGACUAUGACAGCCACUUUGCAAAGCCAUAUUCUCAGGAAUACAUGGACCUAAAUAAAAGGAUCGUGUCUUUGAUGAAUGAAACAUUUCACGAAUCAAAACUGAGGAAACAGUACGUCAAAGCCCACACUGUGCAAGUAAGCAAAGCCAAAGAGAAGGUGGUGAUACAUACGGUGCUGAAAUUUAAAUCCUGUUAUAAAAAUAACGUAGAAAGAUUCUGGGACAGCGUUGAAACCACUUUGUAUCAGAAACUCAAAGGCCAAACUGGAUUACUUAUAGAUUCUUCCUCCUUUAAAUUUUCAGACAUUGUAAUGCCAAUAGCAGAAGACCUUCUCAAUACGUGUUGUGGACGACGUACAAUUAUUCAUGGAGGCCUCAAAGUAGCAGGAGGCCAGGAUGCUGAGGACGGAGAAUGGCCCUGGCAAGCUAGCCUUCAGCAGAACAGUGUCCACCGAUGCGGAGCCACUCUGAUCGGUAACUACUGGCUUGUCACUGCUGCUCACUGUUUCAUCCGGGCUGCAAAUCCCAAAGACUGGAAAGUUAGCUUUGGGUUUCUUUUAAGUAAACCACAAGCACCACGAUCUGUCAAGAAUAUUAUAAUCCAUGAGAACUACAGUUACCCUGCACACGAUAAUGACAUAGCUGUUGUGCGUCUGUCUUCGCCAGUAUUCUAUGAAAGCAACAUCCGAAGGGCUUGUCUACCGGAAGCUACUCAGAAGUUCCCACCCAACUCAGAUGUAGUGGUCACUGGAUGGGGAACAUUAAAGUCGGAUGGAGAAAGUCCUAAUAUACUCCAGAAAGGAAAAAUGAAGAUUAUAGACAAUAAGACCUGUAAUAGCAGAAAGGCAUAUGACGGCAUGAUCACACCUGGAAUGCUGUGUGCUGGCUUCCUGGAGGGCCGCGUGGAUGCCUGUCAGGGUGAUUCUGGUGGACCAUUGGUUAGUGAGGAUGCUCAGGGCAUCUGGUUCCUUGCUGGUAUCGUAAGCUGGGGUGAUGAAUGCGCACUUCCAAACAAGCCUGGUGUCUACACUCGGGUGACAUACUAUCGAGACUGGAUCACAUCCAAAACCGGCCUCUAGUGUAGAU